AUGGCUGCCAAAGGGAUCUCGCUGCGGGAUCGCCAGAUCGCCUCUCUCAAAAGGAUCCUCAACCUCAACGAGACGGUCGAAUCCACCGAGUCCGACGAAGUCCAGGCCAACGGGCUCCUCGCGCCAGUCGCCCCCAUACUCGACGCUGACGGCAACCCCAUCUGGAAAGUUCUUGUUUUCGACGACCUAGGGCGCGAUGUCAUCAGCAGUGUCAUGCGCGUCAGCGACCUGCGAUCCAUGGGCAUAACCAUGCACAUGCACAUCGCAAGUCCGCGCCACCCCAUACCCGACGUCCCCGUCAUCUAUCUCCUCGAGCCGAACGAGCAGAAUCUUCAAAACAUCACGGGCGAUCUCCAAAAGGGCCUCUACUCCCCAGCUUACAUCAACUUCCUCUCCUCUCUCCCCAGAGUACUGCUGGAGGACUUUGCCACGAAAACAGCCACAGCCGGGACGUCCGAUCAGAUUGCGCAGCUGUUUGAUCAGUACCUGAAUUUCAUCGUCGCCGAGCCAGAUCUCUUCAGCCUGGGAAUGCAGAACCAACACACGUACUGGGCCUUGAACAGCGCCAAGACGAGCGACGAGGAGCUGGAUUCAGUAGUCGACAGGAUAGUGAGCGGGCUAUUCAGCGUCGUCGUGACCAUGGGCGUGAUUCCCAUCAUCCGCUGCCCCAAGGGCGCCGCCGCCGAGAUGGUGGCCGCGCGUCUGGAUCGCAAGCUCCGAGAUCACAUACUCAACUCCAAAGACAACCUCUUCUCUGCAUCGCGGCCGACCGCCUCCUCGGGGACACCUAGCUCGCGGCCCGUUCUCAUCCUCCUCGACCGAAACGUCGAUUUGAUACCCAUGCUGUCGCACUCGUGGACCUACCAGUCGCUUGUCCAUGAUGUCCUCGACAUGAAACUCAACCGAAUCACGAUAGAGACGGCCAACGAUGAGGGCAACCUGGCCAAGGGCACAAGCAAGAAGUCGUACGACCUUAACGCUAACGACUUCUUUUGGGCCAAGAACGCUGGCGUCCCUUUCCCGCAAGUCGCCGAGGACAUUGACGCCGAGCUGACCAAGUACAAGGAGGAUACGGCCUCCAUCACCAAGAAGACCGGGGUGACGGACCUGGAGGAUUUGCAAAACGACACGAGCGCCAGCGCGCAGCAUCUCAAGGCGGCGAUAACGCUAUUGCCCGAGAUGAGGGAGCGCAAGAGCAUCCUGGACAUGCACAUGAACAUUUUGGCGGCACUGCUGUCGGGCAUCAAGGACCGCCAGCUCGACAACUUCUUCCAGAUUGAGGAGAACGUGAUGAAGCCACCAAAGGCGCAGAUUAUGGAAAUAAUCAAGGACGAGGGCAAGGGGACCGAGUCACUGGACAAGCUCCGCCUGUUCAUAAUAUGGUUCCUCAGCACCGAGCAGGAAGUCAGCCGCACCGACUUUGAGGGCUUCAGCAAGGCUCUCGAGGCGGCCGGCACCGAUGUGUCGUGUCUGGCCUAUGUCCGGCAAGUGCGGGCCACAACCAAGAUGACGCAAUUGACGACCAUCAACAACACAUCCAGCUCUAGCCAGCAAGCAUCAUCGUCGGAUCUGUUUGGCCGCUUCUCGUCCAUCUCGUCUCGCCUCACCGACCGCCUGAAGGAGACGGGCGUUCCGACUGGCUUGUCGUCGAAUUUCGAAUCCUUGAUUAGCGGCGUCAAGAACUUCCUUCCCGCCGACAGGGAUCUCACCGUGACCAAGAUAGUAGAGUCCGUCAUGGACCCGACGACGGCGUCAUCGUCGGCCAUUGCCAAGACGGAAAAUUACCUGUAUUUCGACCCCCGGUCAGCCAACGCUCGAGGGACGAUGCCACCGCCGAGUGCGAUGCGGGCCGGCGGCGGCGGCACCGCACCCGGAGGGAUGCCCGGCGCGCAGAUUCCGGGGCAGUCGGCGACGUUUGGGCAGCGGAGGCAAGGGUUUAGCGAGGCGGUCGUCUUCACGGUCGGCGGCGGCAGCAUGGAGGAGUACGGUAACCUGCAGGAAUGGGUGAGCCGGACAGGCGGAGACCGGGGCAGGAAGAGGGUCGUCUACGGGAGUACGGAGCUGGUGAAUGCGGGAGAGUUCAUCAGGGAGGAGCUGAAGAGGCUCGGCGAUGAGCUCACGUCGGCGUGA